AUGUGCAUGGCCACAACAGCUGAAAAUGACUCGGGAGAAUCUGCCUCUGGAAGCACUCAGAAAUCACUCAAGCGAGCAUGCGAUUGCUGCAGGAAGCGUAAAGUACGUUGCGAUGGAGAGAGUCCCUGUGGCCCUUGUCGGAAGGCCACUAUCCGUUGUGCCUACCUUCAAGCACCCAAGAAGAAGGGUCCGAAAGGGCUGAGAAGCGCCAGAGUGUUGCAUGCCUUGAGAAAAAUCGAUCAACAAUCUCUGACGCUUGCCCCUGACAACCCCUUGAGUCCGGUCGUACUGCAGGAUGGUGUGAACCAAUGGUAUGGAAGCUCAUCUUCGUCGCCGAAUGCAUUGCCGCAUAGCACUACCGACAACGCGAAUCCUACAAGUUCACCUGGAGAGCCUAUCACCUCGGGUUAUGGUUACUAUGGACCUCCAGAAAUGCAGACCUAUGCCAUGUCAUCUCAAUUGCCCAUCAACCAAAAUAUGAGCCACCUCUGGCCAGCACAACCAUCUCGACCCCAACAAUACUAUGCGCCUUCCUUGGAGCCGCAGCCCGCAAUCCCACGGAUACCGAAUCAACGCUUCUUGCCAUAUGUGCAGCUGUUCUUCGAGCAUCUCUACUUCAUCAUGCCUGUGAUUGAUGAGCAGGUCUAUCUGGAUCCAUACAUGUACAGUUCCACCAAUUACAUGCCACCAGAAACAUAUGCCUUUCUCUGCGCCAUUUGCGCUGCGACCAUUGUACAGCUCGAUGCGGCAAUACCAGUUCCUGACAUGGAGCCUUUGCCUGGUCGACCAAUGUCAGCAGCUGACAUGUUCAUUGAAGAAUGCCUUAGAGUUCGUCGAGAGGUUGACUACGUUGGCAACGCGAGUACUGUCACCGUCAUGACUAGCUUCUUUAUCUUUGCUUACUACGGCAAUAAAGAAAGCAGCGAAAAGGCAUGGCACUACCUGCAAGAAUCGAUAUCGUUCAUUGAGAAUCUGGACAUGGACGACGAGAACUCCAUGCUCAAACUCGAACCCCUGGAAGCGCAAUGGAGGAGACGGAUUUACUGGUUGCUCUUCAUAACUGAAAGAGCAUACUCAAUACAACGCCGUAAGAACUGCCGAUUACAUCCUACUAUCGAGCUCCCUCUAGCCUUCGAAUCCGAAGAUCCUCGCCUCCUCCACGGUUUCAUAAACCUCGCCCACCUAUUUUCCGCCAUCGACGACAAUUUUGUCAGCAUCUGGAAAGGCAGUGCCCGCCGGAAAGCCCUGUGCUCAGAACCUUGGCUAGCAGAAACACAACGAUCGCUCGACACAGUCGCCCUUUCACUGUCCGAUAUUACAGAGACUGCCAGGAUAGACAUUAGCGUAUCGAGGGAAUGGUUACACGUAUUAGCUUGGCAAAUGGGCGUAAGCAAUGGCUUGGUUUGCGAUAAAGGACAAACUGGCACUGGACGCCUCGACUACCCCAUCGAACUCGCCCGUCGUACGGUCAAUAUCACCGAGAGAGCAAAUCCUCUUGUCCUGGACUCGCAUGGCAUCGGCAUGGAACAGAAGCUUUCGGAUAUCGCUGGCUGCCUUGCUGAUGUCUUGCAUGUGUCUUCCGGCGAUACAUCUGAUACCUUUGUGCAAGGCAGACAGUACUUGCACCUAAUGCUUAAUAAGCUGUCCAUGAUGAGAGGCAAAGAGUCAAGGUACCUCAGGCCUCUUGUUGCAAAAGCAGGAGAUAUCUUGGAUUCGCAGGUGCCAAGGGGUAUAGCCGCAUUGCCUCCUGCUUCACAGUCUGGAGGAAAAGUCGAAGAGGACGAAGGCAGUAGUGGAAGAGUUGACCACAGGCUACAAUGGGCCACACAAUAA